CGGGACGGGUUUCCGGUUCCUUUGUGUCACCGGAACUAAGAAAGGGUGUUCCCGUAUAGUAUAGCCGAUCAGUCAGUUGGCGGGAAGAGAGGUGCGCUGCUGCCCAGACUCUGAACAACCAGCAAACAUGUCGUCUACAUCACAGAAACAUCGGGAUUUCGUGGCUGAACCCAUGGGAGAGAAGCCUGUCCAAAGUGUUGCUGGUAUUGGUGAUGUACUGGGGGAAAGACUUGCCUGCAAAGGCUUUGACAAGGCCUACAUUCUCUUAGGACAGUUUCUUGUGCUGAAGAAGGACGAAGUGCUUUUUAAGGAAUGGUUGAAGGACACCUGUGGGGCCAACGCAAAACAAGCACGCGAUUGUUCCGGCUGUCUGAAAGAAUGGUGUGAUGCUUUCUUGUAAAACUGGCACUCAGUGCCUUCCCAAACCAAGCCUAGCCUGCUAAGUCCACCUGCCGGCCACAUAAUACUGUCACCAAGUUCCUGAGUAGGGUAUCUAAAUCUAAGCUUUUGGUUGAGACACUUGGAUACAUUGGAUUACUACUUGAAAAAGACAAUUUUAUCCAGUUGGCCCACAUCUUAUGCAAUAGCUCCAUGUUUCCAUGAACAUGCUCACCAUCUUUCAAGACAGAAUUUUUUUCCCUGCAUAUUAUGCACUAAAAAAUGGCAUGGUGUUUUUUCUUUAAGAAUAUUGUUAAUUCGUUAAACUUAACAAUGUUUACAGAAAGUAGAACACUGCUGUUUGUUAUCAUUUAAACAAACAAAAAAAAAUGUUUUUCUCAUACUGUCACGGUCCAUGCAUCUGUAAGUUUAGAAAAAACGUAACCAACAACUGACAGCUGGCUUUGAGUCUCCUAAGUGCUCUUACGGUGUUCUGAAGCUGCUCCUUUUGCUGUGCCAUACACAUUAAGAAAUAUUAUGUGCACAUAGGGUAAAAAGAGCUCAUUGCAUUCAUGUUUAGUCCUAAAAAGUGCACUGUAACUCACAGUUUUAAGGGUAAAUAAUCUAAUUAGUUUUAUGGGUAAUGUAUAUGCAGUUGUGACAUGGAAGCUGUACAUUCUUGUUUGAUAAAUGUUUUUAUCAAUUGCUUUAUGACAUGCACCAUUAUGAUUUCCAAUUACAUGUUAAGGCCGGAAUACAAUUACCCGCGGUAAAUUACCUUGGGUGAAAAAGGGAGGACAGUGGCGUGUUAACCCCUGGAGGAUCAGUUAGCCCGCGGUAAUGUACUGCAACUGAUUGAUUUCCAGCCUAAAUCUCCUUUAUGAAGUUUUUACCUUCUAUAAUUGAACUGCCAGAAAAUUCCAACUUAAGCAUUUGAGAACUCAGUUUACAAUAUGUACACUAAUCUCUGUUAAUGUGCUGUAUGAAAUAUCACACAUUUCAAGCAUCGUCUCUGAAUGCAGGUAUUCCCAGCAACAGUUUUACCACUUGUGUUGUCAGUUACACAACUUCCUUUUUCUUUUUUUAGAAUUGUCCCAUUUUAAUUAUGGAUAUGAUACAUGUCACUUUUUAAUGUUCAGUAGGGAAGUUAAUGUUCCAAAGUACUCUUAAGAUUUAAAAUGGCAUCGAGCUGAAAGCGUUCACCUUAGCACCACCCAAACACCUUGGUGAAAUGUAAACUAUAUGUAUUUGAAAAUUUUUGUUUUUUCUCUUUUAAUUUUAAAGCUUGGUCAUGUCUAUUAAGUUUUAGAUGCAGAGUUUGGACUUAUAGUUAGGUCUUGGAAUAAGGGAAGUCAGAAUGCUAAUCAUAAUUCAAGAAAGAUUCUAGAGCAAGCGCUUGAUCUUCAGACUUAUGACCGUGGAGAUGUAGACUACUAGAAUAUCUCUGUAAAUUAAAGUUUUACAUUUGGUUUAA